AUGCAAUUUACAUCAAUAAUUGUUCCUGUAUUGAUAAUUGGUGUUGUUGCUGUAACAGCACAAAAUUUAUAUGAUAAUAAAUAUGAUGGCAUCGAUAUUGAAAUGGUAUUAAGUAACCAACGUCUUUUGGAGAAUCAUGUUAAGUGUUUAAUUAAUGAAGGUCCUUGCACUGCUGACAGUGAAUUGUUAAAACGUGUCUUACCAGAAGCUUUGGAAAAUAAAUGUACUAAAUGUACAGAAAUUCAACUUGAAAAGGCAAAAAAAGUUAUUCGUUAUUUGGCAAAAGAAAAACCAGAAUACUGGGAAAAACUUAAGAAAGUAUAUGAUCCAGAAGGUAAAUACGCAUCAAAAUAUGGUGAUUUAUUAAAAGAGAUCUUAGCUUAA